AUGGGCAACGCUUGCUGCGGCUGCUGUUAUGCAACGCCAGAGUACAAGCUCAGCAGACCGCGUGUCUCCGGCAAAUCCACACCGUGCUUCGACGAUGGCAACCUCUUCAAGAUCGUCAAGGGCGGUACCUGGUACUUUUACAACGACACGCAGGACUACCAGAUGAAGGUGACAGUCAACUUCGGCGAUGGCUCCAAGGUCAUCGCGCUAAGUGACACGCACCUCGUGACCAAGAACGACUACGGCGCCUGCACCGCCACCGUGUCGGUGUUCCCGCUCGAGACUAAGGCCAUGGUGAAGGUGAAGAAGACGAACGACUUCAACGUUAAGUUCUCCGGCAUCGCCUUCACCGAGGUGGACAGACAGAAGCUUCAUCAGAAGGCGGCGGCGCAGGUCAGCGCCGACCUAGCCAAGAUGCGCAAGCUGCGCGAGAAGAACCCGAAGGUCAAAAACCAAAAUCAACUCCUGAAGGUGGCACGAACGGAGGGCAAUAUGUACCUUGACACGUCCUUCCCGCCCACCUCGCGGUCGCUGAUCCGCCCUGGCAUCGACUCGGAACCAGAUGCGUGCCUGAAGCGGCCGGAGACGAUUGCGUGGCGUCGCCCCGAGGACUUCCUGCCGAAGGAGUGGCACUCAAAGAUUCGGCUCUUCAGUGACAUCUCGCCUAAGGACAUUGCCCAGGGUCAGCUCGGUGACUGCUACUACCUCUGCGCGGUGGCGGCGCUGGCCGAGUACGAUGCUGCUAUCAAGGGAAUCUUUAAGAACCACCACUGGUGCUACAUCCGCAAUCAGGAGCAAAAGUACGGUGCGUGGCGUGUGAACCUCAACAUCAGCGGGUGGUGGCGCACUAUCAUCGUGGACGCGUACUUGCCCAGCGUGCAGCUUUUGCCGGUGUUCGCGCGCAACCGCAACCAUCCGAACGAGCUGUGGGUAUCCUUCGCAGAGAAGGCCUACGCGAAGGCCUUCGGUUCGUACCAGGCGAUCGUGGCUGGAUACCCGUGGCAAGCCCUCGAGGACCUCACCGGCUUCCCGGCCUACGACUUCGGCGACGCAUGGAAGACAUCACAGACGGACACCGAGGCACGGAGGAGGCUCUUUGACUCCCUCCAUCGGUGGAACGAGAAGAAGUACCUGAUCUGUAUUGCCACUCCAGGUAACGGCAAUCUGAAAAUGGGCGGCAAGCGGCUCUCGGCGAACGAGGUGCAGGCCCUGUUUGAGAAAGCCGGUCUGAGCACUGGCCACGCGUACUCAGUGCUGGACGUGAAACACUUCCCGCUGCAUCAUCUGUGCAUGCUGAAGAUCCGCAACCCGUGGGGGUCGCAGGUGGAGUGGACCGGGGACUGGGGCGAUGACAGUCCCCUGUGGAACCACUACCCGCUCAUCAAACUCGCUUGCCGUCCUCAGAAGAAAGCGGAUGGCACCUUCUGGAUGGAGUGGCGAGAUGUGUCGAUGUUCUUCGAUAGCGGCUCUGUAUGCCUCCGCCGCGGCAACUGGUUCCACUCAUGGUACGACUACCGUGUUCCCGGCAACUUUGAGGACCUUGUGUGCGACACGGCGCUGGAGAUCAUUGUGAACAAGACGUCGGUGUUUCCGGCGUACAUCUCGCUGCAUCAGAAGGACCGCCGCGGCCUGCCGGCCAGCGACCCGGACAAGAAGUACGCUGCCGUUAUGUUGAGCAUUUCUAAGGGUGACAUCAACGGCUCGCAGCAGAAGGUGGUGGCAAACUCCAGCGUGAACCCGGAGGAGCCGAGUACCGAAUACCUCUUCCAGCAAUCCCGCUCCGUCUCCCUCUUCUAUAAGUUCACAAAGGGCCACAAGUACCUCGUCAUUCCGCGUCGCAUGAACAGCACUGGCAACAACGUGCCGAAGAAGAAGUAUGUCAUCGCACUUCACACGCAGAGCAAGGUGUCUAGUAAGAACGUCCACGUCAAUAUCGUGCGCCUUAACAAGAACAACGCGGUAUUCAAGAACGUGACCUCGUUCGACGCCGGCACACUGACGAGCCUCACCACGGUGUACCAGACCAAGGAUGGCACCAGCGUCUUCCGCACCUACCGCAGCGACAACUUGGGCAAGGGCAAGAAGCAGCGCAACGCAGAGUUCGAGCUGAUGAUGUGA